UCGAUUGUAACAAUAAUCGACUUUGAAUCGUAGCUCUUAACACUCAGCACUUUUGUUUAUUAUGAUAAACAAAUUAAUAUAAAAUUUAAAAAAAGUACUUUUGUUAUAAAUAAUUUAAGUUAAUAAAAUAAAAAAUUUUAAUAUCAUUUUUGACUUUAAAAUUUCAAAAAUAAAAAGAUGGUUUUCUUGACACGUUUCUUGUGUGUCCCCAAGAAAAUUCCAAGAAAAUUUUUAAGAGCGGGUUUUCUUGACAGUCUACAUCUACGAGUAAAGGCAGGUACCGGUGGCAUGGGUUUAGCACGAUACGGUGGAGUCGGUGGUCGAGGUGGAGAUGUAGUUAUUGUAGCUACUGAAGGAUUGUCAUUACAUCAUAUAGCUGAAAAAUAUCGUAACCGGAAAAUUAUAGCCGGCCAUGGUAACGACAGCGAGAAAAGAGGGAUCAUUGGUCAACCUGGUGACAAUGUUGAAAUCCAAGUACCUCGAGGAGUUACCAUCUAUGAUUCAAAUAAAACUGUCAUUGGUGAAGUAGAUCAGCCAAAUUCAAAACUAGUUGUAGCUCGUGGUGGAAUCGGUGGUUGUCCAGAGAACGGUUUCAGUGGACAGAAAGGCCAAAAUCAUGUGAUAACUCUCGAUUUAAAAUUAAUUGCUGACGUUGCUUUAGUAGGAUUUCCUAAUGCUGGUAAAAGUACUCUUCUAAGAUCGAUAUCAAAUGCCAAGCCACGAGUUGCUGAUUAUCCUUUUACGACAAUUCGUCCUAAUUUAGGAAUAAUUCAUUACCCAGACCUCAGAAGAAUUACCGUUGCCGAUUUACCAGGACUUAUUGAAGGAGCUCAUGUCAAUAUUGGCAUGGGCCACAAAUUUCUCAAGCAUUUAGACAGAACAAAACUGCUUGUUUUUAUUGUAGACAUUCAGGGUUUCCGUUUAUCACAACAGCACAGUUACCGUGACUGCCUCGAGACAGUCAUUCUGCUGAACAAAGAAUUGGAACUUUAUAACCCAGACUUGUUGGACAUGCACGCAAUUCUUUUGGUGAAUAAAAUGGAUACUCCGGAUGCUGAUGCUAAGUUUAAAGAAAUAGAAUCAAUGUUACGUGACCUCAGUACAGUAAUACGUGAAAUUCCUGAUGAAAUACAACCCGAGAGAUUGAUUGAGUUUGACGAAGUUAUAACGACAUCAUUGAUUAAAAAAAAUAAAGACGAAAUACAGAUGAUUAAAGAUCGAAUACGUCAUCAUCUAGACAGAAUAGCUGUAGAAGAAGUUAAAAAACGUGAAGAUAAAAAUGUUGAAGUAGAACUGUACGAAAAACUUAAAUCCGAAUCACGAACACACGCUCCGACGAUGGUUUAAUUUUUAUAUAUGUGUAAACUUUAUUUUGUAUAUGUAAAUAAUUAUUCUUAUUAAAUAAU